GCUGCUGCCGCCGGACACAGCGGUGUCCUCCCAGGGAAGCGACAUGGCACCGACGUGGACGCCGGGGCUCUGGCUGCUGGGCUGCCUGCUGCUGGUCCCCGUGCUGUGGGGGCAGGAGCUGUCCGAGCUGUCCGACUGCACCCCGGGCUGGGUGCCCGUCAGCGGGGGCUGCCUCGGCUUCUUCCCCUGGGAGCUGAGCUGGAGCAGGGCCGAGGCCUUCUGCCGGCGCUUCGGCUCCAGGACCCACCUGGCCUCGGUGCACAGCGAGGAGGAGCUGCAGGCCGUGGCGGACCUGCUCUUCUCCCACUCCGGCGAGGCCAGUGAGGAGGAGCUGGACGAGGAGGUCUGGAUCGGCCUCCACCGGCCUCUGCGGAGCCGCAGCUGGCAGUGGUCGGACGGCACGGCGGUGCUCCACAACUCCUGGCACCGGGCGGCCUUCUCCAGGCGGAGAGCCUGCGCCGCGCUGCAGGACUCCACGGAUUUCACCACGUGGGAAGCAGAAGCCUGCAGCGACAGAAAACCUUUCAUCUGCAAGUCCCUCUCCUAGAGCAACGCAGCGCCCGCACUGCCCGCAGCGCCCGCGGUGCCCGCAGCGCCCAAAGCACCCGCGGCGCCUGCCCCCCCUGCCCCUGCCCCCCC